UUCUGACACUUAGAGACAUUUACACUUCUAAAUAAUUUUAGAUUAUUUUUUGUAUGUUCGUUUUUUUUACAUUAUUAUUUAGUUUUUUUUUGUGUAAUUCGACAUUAAGAGACUUUACAGUACAUAUGGUGGUACUUUAUCGCACUAGUGAUUAGCAUAUUACGUUACUGUAUCGAACAUUUAAAGGGCCAUAAUAUACUGUAAAAUAUUGUACGAUACAUGUGCGAAUAGGUAAUUCGCAACUCGUGUCGAUUUAAAACACUCCCUUCGGUCGUAUUUUAAUAUAUCGCCACUCGUUUCGAAUUUCCUAUUUUUCGCACUUGUAUCGUAAUGUACUAUUAUACAUCUCUAAGUAAUAAUAAUACUUUGAUUGCAUUGAUAUUUUCAGUUAAAUGUACCUAUUUUAUAAUUGUUGAUGUGCUUUUUUUUUGCUUGUAGGUAUGUAACAAAGAGCAUAUAAUCACUACGUGGUAUGUAAAUUCCAUGUAGACAUGUAACAGUGCCCUUGUGGCCUAUUUGCUGAAUAAAUGUUGAAGUUGAAGAUUGCUAUAAAAAGCAGAAAAAAAUGCAAAAAGAUGACUGAAAAUUCGGCCGGUUCCUUGCCAUUGAAUUGAAUUGAAUUGAAGGGGUUAACAGUGUUCUCUUCAUUGUUCUCAAUAUUCUUAGGGUUCCAUACCUCAAAAGGAAAAAAAACGGAACCCUUAUAGGAUCACUUUGUUAUCCGUCCGUCCGUCUGUCUGUCUGCGAAGACCCUUUAUCUCGGGAACACGUGGAUUUAUCGAUUUGAAAUUAAAACCAUAUACCUACUCAGGGUCUAUCAUCCCUUGAAACUGUGAAAAAAAACAAACUUCUAAGUUUACGUAAAAAAAAGAUAGGUACAGCCGUUUAUUCCGCAAAAACGUAAUUUCCACACUCUCAAUGGAAUUAAAAUUUAUAGGGUACCUCUGCCCGUUGACAUACAGCUACAUACAGGUCGACCUAAUAAAAGCGUGUUAAAAAAUUGUUAGUUUCUAUAUUGGCAAGAAUGGCAAGAUCUAAAUAGGUCAAAACAAAACAAUCAUCAGAUCAACUAAUACAAUGGUUGUCAUCAUUACGUUGACGCCAUUGUAUUGCAUCAAUCUGUUUGUCGGCUUCUCGCGUAUAUGAAUUACCGUAUGUGAGAUACCUACUGUGAUUCUGAGUCACGCUUUGCUUUUUGAGUUGGCUAACCGUAUAUGCGCUGUAACAUAAAAAAAAGUUGGUAGAGAACAGUACAGUACUUAAAGAUCUCGUACAUGAUGCUUUACAACGAAUAACUUAAUUUACUUACUAGUCAAGUUUUACAAUAGGCGAAUAGAUACUAAAUACAUGGAGUGCGACUCCCGUGGAAUCAACUGAACUGACUUGAAAACAAACCAGUACCUAUUGAAGACAAUGUCUCAGAUGCUCUUGUUAAUAAUAUCAUCCUCUCUAAUCAUAACAACAAGUGCUAACACAAAAUGCUCCAGCGAAUCCACUCCCGUCGUCCCGAAAUAUUACAAAAUUGAAAAAUGCCAGAGGUCCAAACUUGGCAUUGCUGCGAAGGCCAACUACACCACUUUGUCCAGCUGCCAGCGCCUUGGCAUCGAAAAGAAGGCGUUAGCAUUAAACUUCGUGCCACCUGAAGUGCUGAAAAAGGCAGGGAAAAAGAAGAGGGUCAAUGAAACGGAACCCUUAGAGUACACUUGUGAGGUCCUGAAGUGUGCUGAGGUAGAUGGUGGUUUAUCUUUGGUCAAUGACUCCAGAUACGACUAUUAUAGCAUCUACGCUAAACCUAUAUUGCACAUAAACUCCACAUGUAUCCCAGCCACCGGAAUGUUCUACCUGACGCCCACCAAAUUCAACUACACGGAAGCGCGCACCGCCUGCCGAAACAUGAGCGGGGUCCUAGCCGACACGGCUAGCGAGCAACGAACAGAUGCUCUCGCGCAGCUGUUGGCCGGCGCGGGAGUCGAUGCUGCGCUUGUCUCGCUGCGGAGAAGCAACGCUAGCGCGUUUAUAGGAGCCAAUGGCGACUCACUAGACUGCACGACGUACCGGGCCUGGGCGCCCGGGCACCCGCGGCGCCAACACGACAAGUUCAACUGCGUCGUCGUCAGUCGCCAGAAGACCUGGAAAUCCACAUCCUGCAAGAAGAAGUAUCAGGCCCUCUGUGAACUGAACCCUGGGGGACCUUAUAAGCGAGGCGCCAUAUUUGCCUCGCUAGCACCUCCUAACAGUACGGAAACACUGCAGAAAAACGAAGAAUGAAAAUGAGUCAACAUAGGCCUUAGUAUUAUUAAUCUAUAGCUGUCUUAUCGAUGACAGAUUUAUCGAUGUUUCAUUUAGUCAAACAUUAAUUUUGCCACAAAAGCUUCUAUGUAUGAUUACCUAUAACCUAUGCCUAAAUAACCUUAAUCCUUUUCCAGGCAUAGUACGAUUUCGGCCACAUACGCGCCAUUAGAAUUUUAACUGUAGCAUUCCGAUUUAAGCAUCAAAUUAGAUUACACUUUCAGGAAAUGUUACUAGUCUUCAAAUGAAUCAUCAAAGCUGGAUUAAUUGGAAUAUAUUUGGAUUUUUUUCCUAGUAGAUUGGUGCGGCCUGGAAAAGGGUUAACAAAAACAGACUUCAACAAAACUGACGAUCUACCGCGAACAACGAUAAUAUAAAUAUCGUUAUCCUCGAGCUCUUGCAUCGAGCGAUAAAGAGGCGUAUAAAGAAAUGUCGACUUUUGUUUUUCGUCGUAGGGACUGUGUUCUAAAUGCCCAGAAUUUGCACAUGCUGUGCUGUGACUAAAAAUAAAAAUAUGUAAGUAGAUAAUACCGUAAAUUAAAAUAGUGUUUAAUAUGUGUCUCGUAACAUUAAAAGUUUAAUUAUA